AUGCCAUUCCGACUACAGGGUUUCCAAUCUGCUCUCCGUGGCCAGACUGGCCUGCUGCGCACCCAGCAGCGCAGGUGGGCACAGGUCCACGAUGUGCGCUUCCUCGCCUCCCACCAUGACCCCAAAUAUGUCCUCGACAAGUAUCGGGCCAAGCUGGACCAGAAAGCCAAGGAAGAGGGACAUGACUCAGUCGAGUCAUUGAAGGAGGCCUACGACGAAAAAAUCCAAGACCUCCGCCGCAAAGCAUCAACUGUCGCAACCCCGGAGCCUGCCCAACCCAGAGCAGUCCCCAACACCCCCAAGGCAUUCCAAGCGCCUCCUCCUCCCCAAGAAUCAAAGACCACCAAAGCCGCGCGCUCGGUCUCCGGCGACUCCAGCCCCGUCAAGCCACUGAGCACAUACCUCGACGUUGAAAAGAUCCGCGAGCUCCCAGCCAAGGAGAUCGAAGCCCUCUGGCGUCUGCGCCACGCUGAUAACGGCCACGCCAUUUCGGCCGUUAUCCCCCUAGACACAUACAAGCGCAUUAUCGCUGCGGCGCGCCAGAACCCGCAGUUCAUCCUGCCUCUCCCGCGGCCUCAGACUCCCGAGGAAGCAGAGCAGACUCCAGAGGGUGCAAAUGGUACCGCUGCAGACAUUCACUUCUUGCAGUGGGGAUUCCACCCGCCUGCGGAGGGCUCGACCCCUUCCGCUGCUAACAACCAUGCAUCGACUGUGAUUUUCACGAAUCUGGGUGCUUAUAAGAUGCACGGUGCCUUUGCUCAGCCUCAUACUACUAUUACGCACCAUCUGGAUUUGGCUGAGGAUAAGGGCUUGGUCCUUAUGCAUGGUCAGAUUGUUCCUGAUGGUGGUGUUUCCGCGCCUGAGGCGACUUGGUUGGUUAGUUGCGUGCAGCGCUUCUAUGACUUUGAGGGUCAGGCGAGUGGUCGGAAGAGUGAGCUUGUUCGCAUGUUCACUCGGGGUGAUGUGGAGAACUUCAAGGUUGAGGAACUGCUUGAGGAGUCGGAGCGACUCCAGUAG